AUGAGCAGCCUAGUCAAGGACAAGGUAGAUUUGGUCAGCAGUUUAAUCAGGAAAAUGAUUGGUGUAGUCAACAGCCGAAUCAAGCACAUACUGGUUCUGGUAUGUCUAAUCAGGGGAAAACCUGUUUAUCGUCAACAACCCAAUUCAGGACGAACUGGUUUUAGUCAGCAGUAUAAUCAGGGAGAUACUGGGUAUUGCCUAAGAAACGAUCAAGGACCAACUGAGUUUAGUCAACUGCGUGAUCAGGGAAGGACUUCUACUCAACAACUUGAUAAGGGAUUGACUGGUUUUAGUCAGCAACCCAUUCAUGAAAAAAUUCGUUUUGGUCAGCAGUCUAAUCAGCGAGUUGGUUAUGGUCAACCACCCAAUCUCGGACAUAAUGGAUUUGGUCCGCAACCCAGUCGGGGGCAACGUGGUUUUUGUCAACAGCCUAAUCAGGGACACAAUACUUUAGGUCAGCAGCUUAAUCAAGGACCUGUUGGAUUUGGUCAGCAGCCUAAUCAAAGACAACUUACUUUAGGUCAACAGCCUAAUCAAGGACCUGUUGGUUUAGGUCAGCAACCCAAUCGGGGACAACGUGGUUUUUGUCAGCAGCCUAAUCAGUUACACUCUAGUUUUGGUCAACAGUCUAAACAGGGAAAAACUAGUUAUGGUCAACACGUCAAUAAGGACCAAACCGGUUUUGGUCCACAAUCCAAUCAGGGACAGAGAGAUUUUUGUCAACAACCUAAUCAUGAGCAAAAUCAGCAGUUCAAUCAGGGAAAAGUCAGUUACCAUCCACACCCCAAUAAUGGUCAAACUGGUUUGGAUCAACAACUUAAUCAGAGACAAGCUGUUUUCGGCGAACAGCUUGAUCAGAGAAAAUCUAGCUAUGGUCAACAAAGUUCUCUAGGAAAAAGUAAUUUUGGUCUACAGUCUAGCCCUAGAGACACUGGUUUGAGUGAACAACGUAAUCAAGCACACCCUGGUUUUGGUCAACAGUCCGAUCAGAGACAAAGUAGUUAUUGUCAACAGCUUCAUUACAAAAAAAAUAGUUACGGCCAACAGCCUAGUCUGGAUCAAACUACUUUUGGUCUACAUUCUAGUCCAGAACAAACUGGUUCUAAUCAGCAUCUUAAUCGAGGACAAACUGGUCCUAAUCAGCUUCUUGACCGAGGACAAAUUGGUCCUAAUCAGCUUCUUGACCGAGGACAAACUGGUCCUAAUCAGCAUCUUGACCGAGGACAAACUGGUCCUAAUCAGCUUCUUGACCGUGGACAAACUGGUCCUAAUCAACUUCUUGACCGAGGACAAACUGCUCCUAAUCUACUUCCUGACCGAGGACAAACUGGUCCUAAUCAGCAUCUUGACCGAGGACAAACUGCUCCUAAUCGGCAUCUUGACCGUGGACAAACUGGUCCUAAUCAACUUCUUGACCGAGGACAAACUGCUCCUAAUCAACUUCCUGACCGAGGACAAACUGGUCCUAAUCAGCAUCUUGACCGAGGACAAACUGGUCCUAAUCAGCAUCUUGACCGAGAACAAACUGGUUUUACUCAACAGCCUAAUAUUGGAAAGAAUAGUUUUGGCAAAUUGAAUGAUCUGCAACAAGCAGGUUUUAAUCAGCAGCAUAUUCAAAGACACUUUUCUUUAGGUCAGCAGCAUGAUCAAAGACACUCUGCUUUAGGUCAGCAGCCUAAUCAAGGACCUGUUGGUUUUGGUCAGCAGCCUAAUCAAGGACCUGUUGGUUUUGGUCAGCAGCCUAAUCAAGCACCUGUUGGUUUUGGUCAGCAGCCAAAUCAAGCACCUGUUGGUUUUGGUCAGCAGCCUAAUCAAAGACCUGUUGGUCUUGGUGAGCAGCCUAAUCAAGGACAUGUUGGUUUUGGUCAACAGCCUAAUCAAGAACCUGUUAGUUUUGGUGAGCAGCCUAAUCAAGGACCUGUUGGUUUUAGUGAACAGCCUAAUCAAGGACCUGUUGGUCAGCAGCCUAAUCAAGGACCUGUUGGUUUUGGUCAGCAGCCUAAUCAAGGACCUUUUGGUUUUGGUCAGCAGCCUAAUCAAAGACGUGUUGGUUUUGAUCAGCAGCCUAAUCAAGCACCUGUUGGUUUUGGUCAGCAGCCUAAUCAAAGACCUGUUGGUUUUGAUGAGCAGCCUAAUCAAGGACAUGUUGGUUUUGGUCAGCAGCCUAAUCAAGAACCUGUUGGUUUUGGUCAGCAGCCUAAUGAAGAACCUGUUAGUUUUGGUGAGCAGCCUAAUCAAGGACCUGUUGGUUUUGGUCAGCAGCCUAAUCAAGGACCUGUUGGUUUUGGCCAGCAGCCUAAUCAAGGACCUGUUGGUUUUGGUCAGCAGCCUAAUCAAGGACCUGUUGGUUUUGGUCAGCAGCCUAAUCAAAGACCUGUUGGUUUUGAUCAGCAGCCUAAUCAAGCACCUGUUGGUUUUGGUCUGCACCCUAAUCAAGAACCUGUUAGUGUUGGUCAGAAGCCUAAUCAAGGACCUGUUGGUUUUGGUCAGCAGCCUAAUCAAGCACCUGCUGGUUUUGGUCAGCAGCCUAAUCAAGGACCUGUUGGUUUUGGUCAGCAGCCUAAUCAGGGACCUGUUGGUUUUGGCCAGCAGCCUAAUCAAGGACCUGUUGGUUUUGGUCAGCAGCCUAAUCAAGGACCUGUUGGUUUUGGUCAGCAGCCUAAUCGAGGACAAACUUCAGUUCAUAGCGAUAUUGAGGUUCAAACAGAGACUUUGCCGAAUAUUGCAUCUAGAAAUCACAGUCCCGCAACGAAUGCCAUGAACUCGUUUAAUUAUUCACCAAAAAAUUCAAAAUAUGUCCCAUUAAACCCUAGUGAUCCUUCAAGAUUGAUUGAUGUAUCACCCUCUCCUCUCGCUGUCUCUAAAACAUCUCAGGACGUUGCUGUAAUUCAUCAAACAUCCUUUGGUGAGUCUGGCAAUGAACAGAAGUCCCCCCAAACCCUGCAUGUUACCAAUCAUACCCCUAAUUACCACACACGUACUCCUGAUGACAAUCAAAAUCCCAGUAAAUCUUCAUCGGAACAGGAAGGUCCUAUGCAUCCCCAGCAAGUACAAAGAAUGUCCUUUCCCGACGCAAAGCUAUGUCGUUCAGUGAACAAUCUCUUGAUACAGGGCGAAGGAAUACCACGAAAUUUGACUGUUAUUGACCCUAGUGUUUUUGCCGAGGGUGUGGUGCGUGGACUACGAGAUCUUUGCGUGACUGAGCCUAGCUCGUUCCAGGGUAAGACUUGGCCAGCUGUCUUGCGCGGUCGCGACAUGUUUGCAAUCCCCGAAACAAAAUCUGAGAACAGUUUGACAUAUCUUGCGCCCAUCGUGACUUUGUUAUCCAACACAGCGGCAUAUUCUGAUCUACCUCGUGGAAAUGGGGCAAUUGCUCUUGUCUUGUGUGACGGAUGGCUUAGAGCUACGGCGAUUUACGAGCAAUGCCGAAAGUUGACUAAAAAUGUUCGAAUGGUCCGAGUGCAGAUAUUGUUCGGUGCGGGAGCUGAGGACGAGUGCAUUCCUAACUUGAUCAAUGGAUGUGAGAUUUUGAUUGCUACUUUACCGUGCUUGCUGCGCAUGCUCAGUAAGAAAUGUACUCGAUUGGAUAGAUUAUGUCAUCUUGUGUUUGAUGAUGCUGACGUUCUUGCUGCGGAACAGACAGAACUUGUCAAGAAACUGAUGAGAGAAUGGAGUGCUAUUAUAGUAUCGCAACAGACCCGCACUUGCCCGAAGCAAUGUAUCGCUAUAGCAAACAAGUGGACACCAGGGACUUGUUCCCUAGUCAAAGUGUACAUGGGUAACCCAUUGGUUAUUAUUGGCAACCCAGUUGAAGCGGCUAUGUUCAGUAACGUACGCCAGUAUAUAACAUAUAUAUCGUCAAGCAAGAGAGAUACAGAACUCUUAACCACUUUAGAUAAACACACCCUCGACGGUGAACACGAAAUCAUAGUUUUCACUUCAACAGCCAAAGAAGCUGAGCGCCUUAUGGAGAUGUUGCGUUAUUACAGUUUCACAGUUUUAAUGGCGCACGAGUUCCUUCUUCCUGAACAGUUGCUUGCAAUACGACGACAAUGGAACACUCCACGCGGUUCAGACAGCUUCUUUGUACUGGUGAUGACUGACGGUGUCGUAGACAAGUGUAAUAUCAGGACAGGAACGUUUAUCAUUCAUUACGACACAGCAACUUCUAAGAAAUUGUUUGGAAAGCGUCUGUCUUGUAUGUCGUCGUCAUAUCCCUCUACAGACAACAAAGAAUGUUUCUCGCUUACUCUUGGAACGGAAAACAGCUUGGGAUGCGCAUGCGUCAUGAAGGAAUUGGUGCUCAGAUCUGGUGGUCAUGUGCCACCAACGUUGGACCAGAUUUGCGAGUUCGCCAAUGAGGAAAAAGAAGAGAAAUUAAAGAACGAUGAACUCUGCUGCAAUCUCAAAGCUUUUGGUCGUUGCAAACAACAAACAAAUUGUACCUCUCGCCAUGUUGUCUUUCCUGACGUCGAUAUCUCGGAUCGACUACCAAAGUCCGGAAUUGUGAAGAUUUUGGUUUUAGCUGUUCUUACCGCUUCUCGAUAUUUUGUGCGAAUACUCGAACAUCGAAACGCAAAAAAUGAAAUUUCUAAAUGCUACAGCGGUGCAACGUUUCUGAAACUGGCGUUAGAUUUGAAUGACGUGUACAGCUCACGUGAUAACCGCCGUGUUCUCUCCAGAAUCCAACUUCAGAAACUUUGUGUUAUCGAAAGUGAAGGGUCCUUUCAUAGAGUAAAAAUUGUCGAAAUAACUCAGAGGGACAUGGAAACAAACAGAAUCGUUGAAGUUCAAGUGUACUUCAUCGAUCGCGGUUUUUACGAAAAUGUGCCUAGCGCAAAUCUGUUUGAAAUCGCGCCACAGUUUGUAGAUCUUCCUUAUCAAGCUGUCGAAGCUUACUGUUGUCGAGUGAAACCGUUUGACGAUGAAAAACACUGGACAAAAAAAUCGGUGAAAUUUGUCGCUCAGCACAUCGAAGGACAUGAACUGGAGGGAAGAGUUGUUAUGGGUCUUAGAAACACCAUUUGGUUAGAUCCGCUUGUUAAGAAAGAUUAUUUGAAAGAAAUCAAUGUGUUCACAAACACUUUCAAUGUUCGCCUCGAUCUCAUAAAGAAUGGCCUGGCUUUACUUAACUCCGAGCAUGUUGAUAAAUUAACGAAGCAUUUUCUAUCGUUUGUUGAAACGCAACUUUUUACCUCUGCUGCAAGCAUAAAUGGCUUCGCAGAUGGAAACAAAAUGGAGAAUUGUCAUCUUGCUGAAGAUGAUUACGACAUGGUUAAAGUUUCGUCUAUCGUCAAUCCUCAAUUGAUUUAUCUUCGAUUGGAUGAGAAUUCGAAUAGCUUGGAAGAUCUUGUCGAUCAAAUCACAGAGGACCUGGAGACUAAAGCUGCAUCCAGUCAUGAGCAGUUCAGUGUUGGCUCACUUUGUGUCGCCCAGUUCUCCGAUGAUGAAAGAUGGUACCGUGCUAAAGUACUCAGCAUACGGCCUGAGAUGGAAUACGACGUUUUCUUUGUGGACUACGGGGAUCGGGAGUGGAUAACGAAGGACAGAAUUGCUGCAAUGCGUCAGGAGUAUUUACAGUUACCUUUUCAGGCGAUUGAAUGUAGUCUAGUGGACAUCAGUCCAGUUGGGCCUCAUUGGACCGACGAGGAUAAAGAGGGAUUAUGGAAGCUGGUCGAAGAUAGACUUUUGUUCGCCAAGGUAAAAGCGAAAUGUACCGCAUUGCUUGCCGGGAAGUAUCGAUACGAUGUCGAAUUGUUCGACACCUCGACCGAACGGGAUGUUGUAAUGAACCAUGAGCUCAUUAUUGCUGGGCAUGCGCAGGCUACGCUAGAACAUCAUAAGACUCUGUUCCCUGAAGCCUUUAACUGGAGGAGUUUGGCCAAGAUAAAGGAGCAAUAUGAAACCAUUCCCGAGCUUUGCUUACAAUUUUACCGUGAAAAGGACGUCGACAGUCAACUUCGUUAUGCUCGGGAAAUCAAGAACAUCGUUUCGGAGAACAUAAAGCUAAAAGACGAAUUCCGGGAAAGCGGUGCUGUUCGUUGUAUAACAAGGUUACUUUGUUUAACAAAGAAUGAAAGUAUCCAAGAGAUUCUCAUCUUUACAUUGGAAAUUCUCGCUCUUCAAAAUGACAUGAAUUGUGAUGAAAUACGUCGUGAAGGUGGUUUGGACAAACUUUGUGAUUUAUUGAACCAGACGACAAAUCCCAACAUGCUUGAGCACACGGUCUGGGCCUUGAAGGUUCUUUCUGCCAACGAAAGAAUUCGAGAAGCAAUUCGAGAAAAGGGAGGAAUUAAAAGUUUAUGCAAAGUACUCGCGAAUACUGAAGACGAAAAGGUGCAAGAAAACAUUUGCUGGGGCUUCGUUUCUCUCUGCAAUGACAACAACAACAAUUGUGAUGCAAUCAGAGAAGCGGGAGGCUUGACGUCAUUGCUAAGGUUAUUAGAGAAGCGGCAAAGUUAUUACGUUGUGUGGGCCCUUUCUUUGUUGGUUUACAACACCAGAAAUAAGAAGGUUUUCGCGAAGAAGGCGGUAUUGAACAAGUCUUCGAUGUGAUCAGAACAAAUCAGGAUGAAAAGGUUUUAGGACAUGCCAUUCGUUUAUUAAAGACUUUGUCGAGUUACAACGACGAGAACCGCCAACUUAUGUGUCGUUUGGGAGUCAUUGAUUUCAUGAGAAGACUUUCGAAUGCUGAAAGUCAGUUACCAUUCAACACUCGACGUACUUGUCUUGAUCUCAUUCAGAGACUACUGGGUCGAGCUCCUGAUGUUCCACUGAUUGAAGCAUCGUCUAUUACGUCACCACUUCAAGAGCCAAUCAGAUCCAAACCUAUAUCAGUGACGAAGAAAACGAAAGUUGUGGGC